ACACUACGAGCGAGACUUGGCCGCCAUCACGCCACUGUGUGCCCGCUGCGGAAGGACAUAGAGCGGCUGCUGAACUCCAGCAGAGGUGAAGUGACAGGAACCCGGCUUUUAUUUCUGCUGGAGACGUUUUAACACCAGACAUGUUGUCUAGACUGGUGUUUAUUCCAGCCUCUGCCCUGAAGAGCGGCGGGUCCCUUGGUGCAGGGCUGGUUCAGGCCUCUCGCUGCCUCCACAUCUCUCCUCAAACCUGUGCCCCUGUACCACCACUCCCUGAGAAGGGGGGCAAGGUCCGCCAUGGCAUCAUCCCGGAGGAGUUCUUUCAGUUUCUGUACCCUAAGACAGGGGUCACAGGACCAUAUGUACUGGGUACUGGCCUGCUGCUAUACAUGCUGUCCAAAGAAAUCUACGUCAUCAACCAUGAGACCUUCGCUGCCGCCUCCAUUGGCGCCGUCCUCAUCUAUGGUGUCAAAAAAUUUGGACCCGGUAUAGCUGCGUUUGCUGACAAACUGAAUGAUGAGAAAGCUGCCAAGGUGCAGGACGUGAAGGAUGCAGCCAUGAGUAGUCUGACUUCAGCUAUUGAAGAUGAAAAGAAAGAACAGUGGAGAAUUGAGGGACGGCAGAUGCUCUUUGAUGCUAAAAGGAACAAUGUAGCCAUGCUUCUGGAGACAAACUAUCGUGAAAGGCUGCACAUGGUGACCAAUGAGGUAAAGAAGCGGCUGGACUACCAGAUUCAACUACAAAACCUCCACCGCCACAUGGAACAAGAGCACAUGGUGAACUGGGUGGAGAAGAAUGUGGUUAAGAGCAUAACACCCCAGCAGGAGAAGGAGAGUAUCGCCAAAUGCAUCUCAGACCUAAAGGCAUUGGCCAAAACUACACAAGCGAAGGCGACUCUGUAACAAACCUUUCCCUCGCACUCAUACCCAGCGGAAGGUUCCUUCCUACUCUCCACAAUAACAAGGGCAGAAAUGCCAUUCUUAUAAAUAAAGUAUUUUGUUCUCAACAUGGGCCAGUUUUGCCUGUGGUUUCAUUGUUUUUCUCUUCAAAUAAAAUCUUAUGAUAAAUGUGGAUAUGCUUUUUAUUUGGUCACAACUAAAAGCAUACUAUACUUUCUGAUGCACACAAGCUA